AAUAUAAUCUUGUAGACCUUCCCAACGUUAUUUAGUCAUUCUAAACCACGCCUGUUGAAAAUGUCGGCAGCAGCAACUAUGCAGUGGUCAUCGCCGACUAAUCAAACCGCUUCUACUACACUGCAAAAUGCCUUUCCAUCUUUUCAAAUAGACUCUACUUUAGAUAGAAAAGGAGAUAUUCGAGUUAAGGCUAGAGCACCUUCCGGAAGAAUAACAGAGACAACAGUUCGUGAAGAAGAUGGAAUGUUUACGGCUAACUUUCAGCCAACGGAGGUUGGCGAUUGGCUUGUGUCCAUUCUUUACGAUGGAGUAGACAUUGAAGGGUCGCCGUUUAGCGUCAGGGUAUAUGACGCCGCUAAAGUGAAGAUAGGAGGUUUAGAGGGCGGGGUCGCUGGAAAAAGUUUAUCAUUUUCGGCCGAUUGUACAGGAGCAGGAGAGGGUAGCCUCUCUGUGGAAAUCAGUCACGAAGGAGUACCAGUACCGGUUUUUGUGGAUAAAGAAUCUCCAGGCAUCUAUAAAAUAACUUUUACGCCCUCAGGAGCUGGAAGAUACUCUAUACAAGUACUCUUCGCUAACAUUCGCGUACCUGGCUCUCCAUUUACUGUCGAGAUUGUUGACGCUUCAAAAAUCGAAGUAUCAGGCGAAGGCAUAACAACAUGUAUGGUUGGUCAAUACGCAAAUUUUCUCAUUCACGCCGAUACACCAGGAGCCAAACUUUCCGACUUAUCUGUAGAAAUUACAGCUCCAAACGGAAUUACCUUACCAUCAAAGAUCCAACCCCAACCUGCGGGAUACUAUAGAGUGGAAUAUAUACCGAAGCAAGUUGGUGAACAUCUUAUUGACGUUGCCUUCAUGGGCCGACCUGUUGGUGGGAGUCCAUUUCGUUCUCAAGCUUUCGAUCCACGGUCCAUUACUCUUAGCAAUCUAAGUGCAUCGAGUGCAGUUGGACGUCCAGUUGAAUUCGAUAUAGACGCCUCCAGAGCCGGUUCAGGCAAUUUAGAGAUAAUGGUAAACGAUGGGCAAAUAAAGUGCGCUGCCCAGGAUGUGGGUAACAAACAAUUCCAUGCUGUCUUUGUUCCUAUAAAUCCGGGAUUGCAUCACAUUCGUAUGAAGUUUAAUGGAAUAGAGCUGCCCGCUAGCCCGUGGACUAUCGAGAUAAAGUCUGCUGCUUUAGUUCAAGCAUUCGGCAUAGGCCUAACUGGCCCUAUACCUUGCCAAUUUCCAACAUCGUUCGAUGUCAAUUGUGGUACAAAUAACGAGGGAGUUAUUUCGGCAAACGUUAUCUCUCCUAAUAAGAGAAGUUUACCAGUUCAAGUAACGCCUUUGGGAGCUGGGGUUUUCCGGCUAACUUACACUCCGCUGGAUACUGGAAUACAUACUAUUGACGUUAAUUUUGAAGGAUCGCCCAUCCCUAAUUCACCAUUCAAAUGUUCAGCUUAUGAUACCUCGCUAAUAAACUUUAGUGAACCUUCCCAGGCAGUUGUUGGUAAGCCUGUUGAUAUCAGCAUAGACGUCUCUUCGGCCGGUAAUGGUAAUUUGGCGAUUUCGGUCAACGGCGGUCAAGUGCCGAACACUAUUAGAAAAGCUUCCGAAGAUCAAAAUCAUGUCUACAUUAUGACAUUUGUACCGAAAUCUCCUGUUCCCCAUAUGAUCGAUAUGACCUUUAACGAUGAAAGAGUUCCCAGGUGUCCCGUCUACAUACCCGUUAUAGAUACGAAUAGAGUAUCGGCUAGGGGCGAAGGAUUGUCGAAUUGCACAGUGAACAGCCCAAGCACGUUUCAAAUCGAUGCAUCAGCUGCAGGCGAAGCAGAUUUAUCCGUAACAGUAACCGCUCCCGAUGAUACUCAGUUGCCUUACAAACUAACUGGAUCCAUCAGUGCCGGAUUUGAAGUUACUUAUACACCUUUUACUGUUGGAAAAUAUCAUAUAUCAAUAAUAUAUGGCGGUGUUGAACUACGUAGAAGCCCUUUUGUGGCCAGGUGCAGUGACGCUUCUAAGAUCACCGUUUCCGAAAUAAAUGAUUGUUAUGUUGGAAAGAAAAGUUCCUUUAUAGUUAAUGCUGCAGGCGCUGGAGAAGGAAACAUACAAAUAUCAAUUGGAGUUCAGGGAAGAAAUAUCAAAAAUAUAGUACAAAAUCUGGAUUUGCAAAAGUUUGAAGUUCUAUUCACACCAGAUAUUGGAGAUAUUCACGAAGCAUCUGUAACGUUUAAUUCGGUUCAUAUAACCGGAAGUCCUUUCAAAUUUAGGGUAUUCGAUGCCGAAAAACUAUCUAUUGAUGGAAAUAAGCUAGUACAAUGUAAUGAAGAGACGUCGUUGACGCUAAAAGUACCAGCAAUUGGAUACAAAAGCGAUUUGUUCGACUUUGCUGUUACAGAUCCUGAAGGACGAAAAUUACAUACAAGACUUGAGGAGAUAAGAGAUGUUGGCUUCAAAAUAUUCUUUACUCCAAUUAUUGUUGGUAAUCAUGAUAUUAGAGCUAAAUUUGCGGAUAUGCUUGUUCAAGGUUGUCCGUUUGUUGUACAAGCGUUCGAUUCGUCUAAAGUAAUUAUAAGCGAAAUUGAAGGGGCUAGGGUUGGGGAGGAAGCCAGUUUUAAGAUAGAUCCUACCAAUGCUGGAAAGGGUAAUUUGGAGAUUCAAAUAACAGCGAAUGAUAAGAAUGUUCACAACGACUUUAAAGUGGAGAAAACGCGUAUCAUUCUUGUCACAUUUACACCAGAAAUUGCUGUAAAUCAUAUAAUAAGCGUUAAAUUUAACGGACACGCUAUUCAAGGAUGUCCAUUAACUUGUCCAGUAACUGAUUCGAGUGUGGUUAGCGCCUACGGUGAAGGAUUGAAAAUUGCUGCGGUCCAACGAACAGCAUCCUUUGUGAUAUCGACAGCCAAAGAUGGACGUAAAUCGAAAAUCGAUUGCGAGAUUAUUUCGCCUGAUGGAAAGAAGUUACAUUCGCUUUCUUAUAAACAAGUGACGAACGGUUUUCUAGUUGAAUACGUUCCAAAGGUAGUUGGACGUCACGUUGUCGAGAUUAAAGUUAACGAUGUAGCAAUACCCGAAUGUCCUUUCUACCCUGAAAUAUACGACGUUCGAGAAGUAAAAGUAGGCUCUAUAGGACCGGGUGUUGUCGGAAAGCCAACUGCCUUUCAUGUUAAUUGUCAGGCGGCGGGAGAAGGUACAAUGACGGUUGAUGUAAGAUCAGAGAAUCAAUCUCGAGCCAUAACGGAAAUAGAAGACAAAGGAGAAGCUAUUUACGAAGUCACAUUUAUACCCCGCGACAAUACGCCUCAUUCAAUUGUUAUAACUUUCAACAACGAGCCAGUCGUAGGUUCACCUUUCCUUUGUCAAAUUGGAGAAGAAUCGGUUGUUGCCUCAAACUGGAAUAAUGUUAACCUAGUACCCGUUUCAAAAGUUGCUAGCUUCAAUAUAGACCCAUCGUUAUUUUCUUCCCAAUCGUAUAUCAAGGUCAAAGUAGUCGAUCCAAGAGGUAUCGAGCAAUGGGGUUCUGUUGAUAAGCAUGGCAACUCUUUCCUCGGCCAAUUCGUACCCACAAUUGUUGGAACUUAUUCGGUCAGCAUUGAAUCAUCCGGACAAAUUUUAUCUGGAUCUACGUUGACUUAUUCAGCUUACGAUGCUAGCAAAGUGGAGAUUAUUAAAAUCGAUUCAAAUGGUAAAGUCGGAGACGAACUUGGUUUUACUGUCGACACUAGUAAAGCAGGAGCCGGUGAUUUAGAUGUUGAAGUUAAUUGUUCGAAUCAAUUAAUAAGAACAGUUAGAGAUAAAAUUUCAAACACUGAACAUAGAUACCGCUAUAUAGUCCAGAGGGCAACAGACCAUGAAAUUAACGUCCUCUUCAAUUUAAUACAAGUACCUGGUUGCCCGAAGAAAGUCAGCAUGGCCGAUCCCGGAAACGUUCUUUCACUCGACGCUUCUUCACCAGAUUUUGUAGCAUCUAAUCAAACUGCUUGGGCGUCUAUUAAACGUCACACCAACGAUAUAUCCGUAGUCGAUUUAGAAGUUAAAGUACAAGCACCAAAUGGAGAGAAAGUUCCUGCCAAAUUGGCUCUACAAGCGGAUGGUAAUUAUAAAGUGGAAUAUUCGUCAAUUUACACUGGGGAACACACUAUCGAAGUUCGUUACGCCGAUGUUCAUAUUGCGGGGACACCUUUUAGAGUGCAAAUAUUCGAUCCUAAUAAAGUGAAAGUUGAAGUUCCGAAUAUGAUACCUAUUGGUCAAAGAGCUCAAAUAGCCAUACAUACCGCUGACGCUGGUCUUGCCGAGAUGGGAUUAACGAUAACAACGCCCAGAAAUGAGCAAGUCAAUUACGAACAAAUUAAGACAGAUAGCGGUUAUAUUGCCAAUUUUACGGCUUUCCAGAGUGGUGUUUACAAAAUUUACGUAACGUAUGGAGGUCUAAAUGUACCCGGAUGUCCUAUAUCCAUGCAAGUGGAAGAGGGUAAAGGUUGUGAUGCUGUUACCGUAAUUGGGGAAGGCCUUUAUCAAGGUGUCUUAGGAAAGCAAGCAACAUUUAAAGUAGAUACUCAGAAAGGUGAAUUAUUGGUAAAAGUAGAUGGUCCUAACGGUGCCGCUAAAUGCCAUGUUGAACCGCAUGCCGAUGGUAAAUAUAGCAUAUCCUACGUGCCAGCUGAAGUUGGAACGUAUCAGGUAGUAGUUAAAUUAAACGGACAAGAAGUGCCCGGUAGCCCUUGGAAACCGAAUAUUGUUUCACCGUCUAAAGUAGAGGUUACUGGUGGAUGGCAAUCUCAUAUGGAUCCCAGAUCUAGAAUUGCUUUAAAGAUUAACGAACCGAAGGAGAUAGAAUUUGACGUUACAGGGGCUGGAUCCGCCAGUUUAGCUGUUGACGUGAGGGGGCCGGCUGGUUCAUUACCAGUAGAAAUUAAGGAUAUCAAUGAAAACCUCAAAAUAGUGCGUUUCACACCCCAAAAAACUGGCGAGCAUUAUAUCAGCGUCUCUUGGGGCGGUAUUGAAUUAGCUGAUUCGCCAUUGACCGGUUUUGCCAUAUCAGAUAAGAUGUCAACAGAUGAUUUGGAAAAAGUGAUUCUAACUGGAAGAGGCCUACAAGAAGCUACAGUUCAUCAAGAGGCAUUCUUUCAGAUUGACGGUAGUGCUGCAGGACCUGGUUCCCCUGAUGUGAAAAUAGUUGGCGUAACGAGCCACGUCGAUGUUAACGUUACACCCUUGGGUAAUCAAAAGUAUCGAUGCUCCUAUGUUCCAUCCCGUCCAGGAGCUUAUUUAUUAAACGUUAAGUGGGGAGAUAGAGAUGCCGUUGGUUCACCCUUUAAGAUAAAUGUUUCAACACGGUCUGAUGCUAAAAAAGUUCAAUUGGCAGCCAGGAGUUUGCAAACCGCUAGCUACGGUAAAGAGAUAUCGACUAUUAUUGAUACGAAGGGGGCCGGACCGGGACAACUAACGGCUCAUUGCAUGGGACCAAAUAGAGUAGCUUACUGUGACCUCAUCGAUCAGCACAAUGGAACUUUUAAGCUUAAAAUAAAAACCCAGGAGGCUGGAAAGCACAUACUUCAAGUUAAGUACUGUGGUGAACAUAUUCCCGGAAGUCCAUUCGAAGUGAAAGUGCAAGGUGCUCCCGACCCCUCAAAGGUUAAAGUCUCAGGACCAGGAAUCCAACAUGGUAUAUUGGCAACCUUCCUUUCGAGAUUCCUUGUCGACACCACAGGGGCCGGCGCUGGUGAACUACUGGUACGAGUAAGAGGACCUAAGGGUGCAUUUAAUGUUACUAUGUCGAAAGAAAACCCAAAAGAUCGCGUUAUAAUAUGCAAAUACCAUCCAACCGAAGUUGGUGAAUAUUUGGUAUACGUUAGAUGGUCAAAUCACGAAGUUUCUGGUUCUCCAUUCAAAGUUCAAAUAUUUGAUUCAGCCGACGAGUUACAGUCCUAUCUUAAGAAUCAUCCGAAUGAGGUAGGAAACGCAAAUACAAUGCCAAGGUCAUGGGCAAAGUAA